AUUCAAUUUAAGUUACCACAAGCACGUUUUAGUUUAACUUUUUAUUUAUUUUUUUUAUUUUUACUGUGGAUUUAUUUACAGUGUUACAUGUAUAUUCUUCAUAAAUAUGCAACAAAAAAGGCAAGGUUUAAAUAACUGAGGAGGCUAUAGUCAUCGUGAUGUUUUUUGGUUACACCAACAUGAAGAUGAAGAACUGUUUAUGUGAGAUAAUUGCUGUCCCUCAUUUUCCUGGAUAACUACAUAAAUAUUUCCUGUCUUAUCUUACUCAAACAAGUACAAGGAAUCUGAACAGGACGGGUUUCAAAGAAAAUCGACAUUUUUACGUCCAUACAUAACACUCGUUAGCAAAACAUAGGCUAUCAAAACAUUAUUCCGUGAAACAGUUUAUAGCUAUUGAACAGAGAUGAAAGAGUAUCUUCGAAGCAGAUGACAGGGUUACUUCCUGAUGGCGAACGGAGAUCAUAUUUGGUGAGUUUUGCAAAAAAUCUUUAGCAUUUCUUUCUACAUGCAGUCGCAGAAGUUCGACUUUUCAGUACGCCUGAGUGGAAGACACGUAACGGGAAGUUUUGAGUCUAGUUUCAGGUUUUUACGGGAAGAGGAUGCAGAUGUUCUGAGGAUCCGCCGCGGUUCCUUGAGUCCAGAACCGGAGAACAAAGAGAAAUGGCUCAAGAUGUCUUAUGAGACCGAGAAAAGUUGCCUGCUGGCUCCAAAGGAAUCACCAUAUGGUUGCCUCACAGCUAAUGAGAAAUAUGAAAUCCCUGGAAUGGGAGAGGACAGUGUUUUAGAGAUGCUGAGCUACUCAAAAUUCUCUGAUCUGGAGACAUGGCUGUGUAUGCCCUCCACAUUGUUACCCAGGAGCCGGGAUUCAGUUUGCUCCAUGCUGACACCCUCCCAUGAGAACGACAAUGGAGAAACAUACAAAGAACCCAGGCCCCCGGAGAAUGAGUCUAGUCAUCUGAGCCAGAGCCAGGAGAGGAAAACCCAUCUAUUGCCACCCUCUCCUCUCCUGCCAGUUUCAGCCUCCCCUGACUCCUCAUCGCCCCUGCAGAUCACCUCAACUCCUCUGCCCAAGCCCACCAGAGACCCCUGUCAUGGCGGCGUGAGCGUGAGGAAACGGCGGCGCCUGGCAGCCAGCCCCGGAGGACUGCACUGGGACGCAUCAGGGUCAGUGCUGCGUGACCAUGACCGAGGAGAGACGUCGCCACUGUCGGAAGUGAAGCGCUUCCCUCGGAAUUCAGAGAGCCGGGUCCCAGAGCUUUGGAGGGAUAGAGAGGCUCUUAGGAAGACCAUAUCCGUUGAUGACCGCCUUCUCCAGCAAACGCCUAGUGAACAUCACAGACUCCUCAGUCGACUAGAGAGGGGCAAGAAGAAACUCAGGAACAUCAAUAGUCUUGGAGCUACUGGCAGAUACGAAACCCAUAAAAAAUCUGAGAGUAGGAUCUCCCGACUGGCUCAGAGACUCAACCAGAGGCAGAGCGAUGCUGCCUUGAUUAAGGAUUUCAGACCCCUCUUGCUGCUCUCAAGCUCUCCAGGGAGCUCCCAGAGUCUGGACAGGAACUUCUCCAUUACUAUGACACAACAGAUGCAGAACCUGCAGCUGACGCAGAAUAAGAAGGGGGCAGGUCCUGCCUCCCCCAGCGCUGCCAAGCGUCUCUACCGCAACCUCUCGGAGAAGUUCAAAGGGAGCCACUCCUCCUUCGAAGAUGCCUACUUUUUUGGCCGAUCCGACCGUAUCCGCAAAGUAUCUAACAUUCAGAGCAGUGAGGCUCUGUUCGAGGCUGUUGAACAGCAGGACCUGGAUGCUGUGCAGAUCUUGCUGUUUCAGUACACAGCUGAUGAACUGGACCUUAACACCCCUAACAGUGAAGGCCUGACACCUCUUGACAUCUCCAUCAUGACCAACAACGUUCCCAUAGCCAAGCUGUUGCUCAAAGCUGGAGGGAAGGAGAGCCCUCACUUUGUCAGUUUGGAAAGCAGAGAUGCCCAUCUCUCAGCGCUGGUGCAGGAAGCCCAAAGGAGAGCCAGCGAACUGUCCACCCAGGUAAUGAGAGAGAGUCUCAGCCUGGAAACAUCUGACAAGGAAAAACAGCUCAAAGCUUGGGAGUGGAGAUGCAAACUCUACAAGCGCAUGCGCACCGGAUUCGAGCACGCACGACCACCGGAGGCUCCGUUGACAGUGUGUCUGAGUGUGACCGGCAGCACAUCUCUCACUGUUAGCUUUCAGGAACCUGCCAGCAUGAACUCUGCUGUGGUGACCAAAUACAAAGCUGAAUGGAGCUGUCUGAAGGACUUCUCUUUAUUAGCCGGAGAGCUGAUCCUUGAGAAUCUGCAGUCCCUAAAAUACACAAUUACCGGUCUCACCACGGGUAGACAGUACUAUGUUCGAGUGUCCGCCUGCAAUAUGAAGGGCUGGGGACCGACACAACUCUCUCAACCUCCUUCUGCUGUUCCUUCCAACUGGAAGGACUGCGAUGGGAGAGAGAGCAGGAGGAGAGGUCACAUCGAGGCUAUGGAGAGACUGUUACAGCAGGUUCGAGCCACACACCAGCACUACUGCUGUGGAGACACAUCAAAGUUGCCGAAUCCAAGUCGAAAGCAGUCAGUCUCCCGCAGCCUGAAACACCUUUUUCACUCCUCUAAUAAAUUUGUCAAGACUCUCAAAAGGGGAGUUUAUAUAGCAUCAGUAUUUUACCAUAAGGACAGUCUGCUAGUGACUAAUGAGGAUCAGAUCCCCAUAGUGGAGGUGGACGACUCAUACAGCAGCUCCCUCAUGCAGGACUUUCUGUGGUUCACCAAGCUGUCCUGUAUGUGGGAGGACGUCCGGUGGCUGAGACAGAGCCUGGCAGUCUCCACCUCUUCCUCUUCCACUCUGCAGUCCAGACAGAAGAUGCUGACGGCCGCGGGCCAACUGCAGAAUCUUCUGGGCACUCACAACUUGGGCCGAGUCCACUAUGAGCCCAUUAAAGAUCGUCAUGGGAAUGUGCUGCUUGUGACAGUAAGAGAGAUGGACAGCUUCUAUUCAUUUUUCAAUGGGAAAUGGAUGCAGGUAUCCAAACUUCAGAGUCAGAGGAAGUCUCUGUCUACUCCUGAGGAACCAUAUGCCCUGGACAUCCUACUCAUAACCAUACAGGACAUUCUGGCCUAUCAGAGACGGAGUCAGCACCGACUGUCCUCUGGAUUUUAUCUUGGUUACCUAAAGCUCAGCAGCUCUGUGGAUCAAAUCAAAGUUCUGGUUCCUCAACGUAUGCCCAACAUGCUCUGUCACACCAAGAUACGAGACAACUGGAAUGUGUCAAGGGAUGAGUGGGAAUGGCUGCAGUCACUGUCUGGCCCUGUGGAGGUGGAAAGAGCAGAUCAGGCUACAGACUGCCUCCUCUUCUCUGAGCUCCAGACGGCCAUUAAGAGUCUGCUGCACCAUAUCAAUCUACCUCUCCACCAGGCCAAGCACUUCCGUCUCUACACACACGAGGUGCUGGAGCUGGGUCACAAUGUGUCCUUUCUUCUGCUGCUGCCCGCCUCAGACGACGUUUGCUCUGCCCCGGGACAGACCAACCCCUACACACCACACUCGGGGUUCCUCAACCUCCCUCUUCAAAUGUUUGAGCUCGUUCACUUCUACUCAUAUAAGGAGAAAUUUAUCAGUCUUUAUUGCCGGCUGUCCUCUGUGCUGGACCUGGACGCUCUAAUUACCCAGCAGGCUUUUAGAGAGGCCAUCACUGACUCAGAGGUGUCCACAGCCAAACAUAGACAACAGCACAUAUUGGACUACAUUCAGCAAUUGGAUGAGAUGUGGCGAGACGUUCGCUGGAUAACCAAUGCCCUGCAGUACGCCCGCUAUAAACAGCCUCUCGGUUGGGUGCCUAUCACCUGGCUUGUAGAUGUCAGCGUGGAGCCUCCUGUCCAGAAGAAUGACUCCACGUCCUCGAACACAGAAUUCGUGCCCACUCCCUCGCCCUCUCCAGAAAUGAGGAGACGAAAGCCCACUAUUGAGUCCCAACCAGGUUCAGAUGAAGAGGGCUGCUCGGAGGUCUUUCUCCCCACAGACAGUGACUAUGACUCCAGUGACGCUCUGAGCCCUCGUGACCUGGACUUAGUUUACUCCUCAGCCCAAGAUCUCUCCCAUCAGGCCGUGCACAUCCUCAGCGGGAGCGCACCCGAUGUGCUUCAGAUGCACGAUCUCAAGUACAGCGCUUGCUCCAAGUCCAUCCUGGAGACCGAAUCCUGCACCAAGGAUAUGGAGGACCUGUCGCUUUCCUCAUAUUCGGUGAAAGACACAGACAAGCCGCCCCGCUGCAAGUUCCUGGCCGAUCCACCGACGAAACGUAAGGUGCUGUCCAAAAGCCAUCCUCAGAGGAGUUAUUUUGGCGGGCCGCACCGUUGGCUGCGAGUACAGAGCGAGAGUCACACUCCCUCGCUAUCCGAAGGGAUCUACACCAAACAGAGCGAAACUGACCUGCCGCUGGAGACGCCGUUCUCUCUACCGCACUCUCCCACUACCUCCUACAGUUUGGAUGAGUACAGGGCGACCUACAGGGAGUCUAAGCCCAACGUUCACAGGAUCUUUGUGGAGUCUUGCAGCAAGACGUCACCCUGCAGAGAUGCCCCACAUUGGGAGGAGGAGGAGGAGGAGAGAGGAGCGACCACCGGAGAGACCGGAUCGGGAUACCGCACUACAGCAGAAGCUCAGGACAUGGAUUCAGAUGAGCUAACGAAUGAACAAGUGUCGGAGGUCCUCAGCAGCACUCUUUAGGACAAUAUGUACAGUACGUAUGGUCCUCUCGACUUCAAUUCAAUCGCCUCAAAAAGCUCCAAAAGUCCCCCUUUCCUCUUCAACCGCACACUUUACAACAGCUCUCAGUUGUAAUGAGUGAACACUUAGCCUAAUCAAUUCUUCUCUGUAGAGGAUGAAGUUGCUGGUCAACUCUGCGGGACUCAUAAAUCAUGGCUCUGACUGUUACAAUGUUGAUUAUCAAUGCAACGUGAAACAAAGCACUGCUUUUUUCUCAGAACUUGAAAUUGUUUCCGCCAAUAGAGUCCAACAGUUAGCGGCCACUUUUUCAGCAGCCUUUGUUCUGAGAGUAUUUUUCCCAUUCAUUUUCUCCACAGGGGUUUCAAAAACCUCUUCAGACUGAAACACUUGGAAAUUAUGAACAAAACCAAACAAUUUUUUUAUAUUACAGCUUUUUUUAUUAGAAGCUACAAAAAGUGUGUACGUAUUUUAGAACUUAUGAAGUACAAAAUAUAUAGGAUAUUUAAAAUAUAAUUAUUAUUAUUCUGAUUUAUUAACUUUCCAAACGCAAAAAAGGUACUUUUUUUCAGCAAGGAUGCUCUGAACCGCAACGUAAAAAAAAAAAAAAAAAUUCUAGCAUUUCGAGAUUAAAGUCGAAAGGUUUCAAAAGACAUUAUAAAAUAUACUGCGCCGGAAUACACUUUAGCUUAAAA